AGAAGAAUCCAUACGAUAAAUUCACACAUCUCGCGAUUCUUUACACUAUAAAACCCUAACCACCACCUUCAUUCUCCAUCAUCAAACCACCUCAACUGUUCUUCAUCUCCCUCAACAAUGGCGCUCCGGCGUACAUUAGCAAAACGCCUUAUCAACGAUCACUCACCCGCAUUCACUGAUCUCCGAUCUCACAAAACAUCAACUCUCACCAAAUCACACUUCCACCGCGAACUGCUGACGUCACCUCAUAAAACCUCUUCCACUGCUGACGUCUCCAAAUCAUUCUUCCGCCGGUUUUUUCAACGGAAUCAGUCGUCGGCAAUGAGCCUGCCGGAGCUCUUAUCAUUUCCGGUCGGUGAGAAGCUCAGGGAGAGGUUGAAUAUUUCGUACGGCGAACGUCUCCGGCUUGACGCGUUGAGGAUUCCGGCGACGGAGCGGUUACCGGAUGCGGAAGGUUCCGUCGGAAUAUCCGUUGAUGAUGCGAAGAAGAUAAUUAGGUUUUCUCAGAUGCAGAAAGUGAGAUCGGCGGUGAAACAGAUUCCGAUGAACUCAAUUAGUUACUCUGAAUUUGUAACCGUCUGCAUUGACACGUGUCACAAUCACGAUCAAGGUGUUGAGUUCGCUAAAAUGCUAGAUCAAACCGGUGACGUCAUUGUUUUCGGAAACGUUGUGUUCAUUCGUCCUGAUCAGCUGGCAAAAUCAAUGGAGAACUUGAUAUCACAAUCAAUAGCUGUUCCAAAUGAUGCAAGGAAGCAAGAGCUUGAAAAGCUUGAGAUUCAAAAGGCUUUGAUUGAUAAAAAAUCGCUAACACAAGUUCGAGCCGAGCUUUAUUGUGGUCUUGGUUAUUUAGUUUUGCAAACGGCUGCGUUUAUGAGGCUAACAUUUUGGGAACUUAGUUGGGACGUGAUGGAGCCGAUAUGCUUCUUUGUCACGUCCUUUCAGUUUGUACUUGCGUACGUGUUUUUCAUAAGGACGUCGAAAGAGCCCACUUUUGAGGGAUACUUUCAACGUCGGUUUAAGACCAAGCAGAGGAAGCUUAUGGAGGCGUAUGGUUUUGAUGUUCAAAAGUAUAACGAACUAUGCAAGGUGUUUUACGCGACAAACCUAAGUAGAGAGGAUGGAGGGGUUCAAGAUUUGAGUCGUGGGGUGAACUCAAAUGUGGUUUUUAGUUAAGUUAUAUAACGACUUGAAGAGUUUCGGGUUGAUUUGAGUUUGGUAUGUAAAUAGUUAGAUGUGAACUACCUUCCUAAUUCCUGAACUAUAUUUUUGAGUAAUGGGAAUGAACCUAUGCUUUUCACA